CAGCCCGGGUGACGAAGAUGGUGCUCAUCAAGGAAUACCGUGUAGUGUUGCCGGUGUCUGUCGAAGAGUAUCAAGUAGGGCAGCUGUACUCUGUGGCUGAGGCCAGCAAGAAUGAGACGGGAGGAGGAGAAGGAAUUGAAGUACUGAAGAACGAACCCUACGAGAAGGAUGGGGAGAAGGGACAAUACACACAUAAAAUAUACCAUCUAAAGAGUAAAGUCCCAGGGUACGUGAAGAUGAUUGCACCAGAGGGAGCAUUAGUUUUUCAUGAAAAGGCCUGGAACGCCUACCCGUACUGUCGCACCAUUGUGACGAACGAGUACAUGAAGGACGACUUUAUGAUAAAGAUUGAGACGUGGCACAAACCUGACAUGGGAACAGUAGAAAAUGUCCAUGACCUGGACGAGCAGACGUGGAGGACUGUGGAGGUGGUUCCCAUAGAUAUUGCAAACAAAGAAGAAGUGGCGUCUGGGGACUAUAAGCCAGAAGAAGACCCCGCUCUUUUCCACUCUGCCAAGACGGACAGAGGACCUCUGGGCCCUGAAUGGAAGAACGAGCUGAAGACAGACUGUCCUUACAUGUGUGCGUACAAACUGGUCACCGUCAAGUUCAGAUGGUGGGGUCUGCAGACCAAAGUGGAAAACUUCAUCCACAGGCAAGAAAAGCGUAUUUUCACCAACUUCCACCGCCAGCUGUUCUGCUGGAUCGACAAAUGGGUUGGUCUGACCAUGGAGGACAUCAGGCGGAUGGAGGAGGAGACUCAGAAAGAGCUCGAGGAGAUGCGUCAGAAGGGAGAUGUGCGAGGGACCUCUGCAACAGACGAGUAGAGGCCCGUCACUGUAGGUCAAACACUAGAGGCAGGCUGACUGCGUAAAACAGGUCCGAUUCGAGGCACCAGUGCUGCUCAUGAGCAAUGAGGCAAAUCAACCAAACCCUGUCACGAUGAUGUCAUCCGAGACACGUCCACCACGAUGAGGAAGUGGCCCUGACGUCGCCUCUUCUCUUCCUGUCUCACAUGAUUCAUUGGGGGGUUUGACACGAUUGGUUAACAGUACUGUACAGAUCCUACCCCAAUCACAAGCCUCCUGUUCACCCCGAAAAUAAAAAACAUGGUUUUGCAUACAUUUAAAAAGAAAAAAGGAAAAAAAAAACUCUUUGCACAGAACGUUAAUUGCCUGAUAUGUAAUUGUUAGUUGAUUAUUACAAUGGGCUUUGUUUUUAUUCAGGUGUGUAAACCGUGACUCAGAAAAGUCAAGCCUUUUAAAUUAAUUAGAAUGUUGUUUUUAGCGAAACAGAUUCCCACAAAAAUUGGUAUCAGAUGACUUUAGCAGGUAUUGGACCAUGUAUCCCCCCCCCCCUUGUAUUAUAACUGUCUGUCUCCACUUUAAUCCGUGUCUCCCCCCUCAGUAUUGUCUAUAUUCUCGUCCUGGUAAACUUUGUCUAGACCCCCCCCCCCCCCCCCGUGUCUCACUGUCCCCUCUGUCUGGCAGUCGGUUGGGAAUACUGAUGUUUCUGUUUUUAUUUUUCUUUUACAGUUUUGAGUUUUGAGGCUAACCCAUGUCUGUUUAUGGUUCAAAGCAGAUAUAAUGCUCAUGCAUGAUAGGUAAUUCUUUGCUAUCGUUACCCCGCCCCCCCGCCCCUCCCUCCUCACAUGCACACACGUCCCACAUUUCAACAUGCACACCGGCCCUCCUCCCGCUCUCCGUCACAAGUGCAUGUGGACAACAGCAACUCCUCAGUAAACUGUCGUUGCAUGUGUGUAGUCGCUGCAGUGCAGCUUCGCUCAAGUGGAUUGUUUGUGUUGAUUUUAGAGGGGGGGGGGAGGGGUUAGCGCCCUCUAGGAGAGUCUGUACAAUACACCUGUGUGUUAGCGUGUGCAUCUGUGUGCUUGUUUGUGUUAUCAACUGCCUUCACUCUUAAAGGACUGUCACUCUUGGGACUGAGACGAGAACGUUCAGCUUGAUAUGGAGGCGUGUGCGCUCAGCCUGUUGAACUCGGCUUCAUGCUGUCGCUGCAUGUCCUUUCUCCUUGGCUAGGGCUUUAACUGGAGGCUCCCACUGCCUCCACACAAGCUUUUCUUCUUCUUCUUUUUCUUUUUUUAGGCUAAAACAAACGAGGAUGAGAGUCUGUGCGUUGCCGUGUGCAUGAAUCAAGGCAGUUUUUUAUAUCUCUCUCAAACUACCGUUUCCUCUCUCAGCUGACAGAGCGAAUGGGUCCAGGCAGAUGUGCGAUGUGUGUUGCAGCUGUGGAUUGACAAGCGUUCUGAGUGCAUAGCUUUUAUUUUUUAUUUUCACCAUGUAUACUGAAUUUUCAAGCUUUUCAUCGACCUUAGCUUGGAGAAGGUUUGAGGUCGGUCUGAGCUUUUUCUUGACUGGUUCUAGUUGAGGAUGAAACUGCUUUGGCGAAGCUUAGAUAGAUUUGACUCUUACAGUGCAGAUCGGUGUUGGGUGAUCUAGUACGAGCCUUGAUCUGGAAACAGGUGGUGUCUUCAUCCUGCUCACACAACUUUUCUUUUUCUUUCUUGUGGCUGCAUUGAUUGAGGUUGUAGCCGUUCUGUCGCAGCGAGAGCUGAGUUUAGCCGUCUUUACUUUGAACUUGUGCGGAUCCCGUCGGGCUCUAGGUGAAAAUAUUUAGUGAUUGUUUUCUAUGAUCAUGACGUAGCUUAGCGCAGUUCUACAGCUGCGAUUUAAGACCUUGUUUAUUCAAUCAGGUAUGAGUGUCUCCAAAAUUUCUUAGGUUUUCGUUGUGAGCUAUCUGUGUGUGGUCUGUGUCGGACAGGUGCAAAGAGGGUUAUAAGUGUACUUUAAACUAGAAGUGGACAAACUGUACAUACAAACACUGACUUGAAUGGGGAUAUUCACAGCUACUAGGCGUUGUCAGGUCUAUCAUAUUAUACUGUACUGCUACAAGUAACUUUAAGGAAGUCGUGAUGUUGUCAGAGCAGCUGACGUCAGCUCUGUGGACAGUGUGCUGUGUGUGUGUGUGAAGUGGAGCAAACUGUCCACGUGUUGUUGCUCAUACCACGGUUUAACUGUACCUCAUCCAUGCUUACGAAUGUACAGCUACGAAAUAGAUGUGUCAAACUAUGCAGGACGUUUCUGACCCGCAGGAACGCUGACAUGUUUCACACCUGCACAAGCAUGACGCGGACCCGUUAUAUCAUCAUUACAUGAGGACAGGUGGAUUUACUAAAACUCGAUUUGAUCUGCAUGCUCAACACUUUUUCUUUUUCUUUUUCUUUUUUUUUUGUAUUCUUUACAUUUUUCCUUUUUUUUUAUUUUAAAUUUCUUUUUCUCUCGAUUAUUCUCCAUUUCCGUUUGAUCAGUACAUCAGUGCUUUUGAGAAGCUCUUGAACUGCAUCAGACAAGAAGGGAACUCCUGUUAAAGGGGCGGCUCCUCCUCAAAAUCAAACUGGUUUCAGCUCGACCUCAGAUUCACCGACGAGGAGUGAAAAGCCUGAGCGAGUUUGACGCUGACGGGAGUCGCCCCGGAGAACUACAACAGGCUGUGUGAUGUUCAGUUUCGUAGCAUUACCAGUGAUGCCAGCCAGGGUAUGACUGUGAGGGGAGGGAUAGAAGCUUAGGGAACAGAUGGAGUCCAAAAUACUGUUUUCUUUAUUGUAAUCAUGAAUAAGCACUUGCAAAAUCUACUGUUUAUUUUUUUUUUUUCUUUUAUGUUUUCUUUUAUUUUUUGUUUUUGAAAGACAAAGAUUCACAAUGUAUUCAAUUUUCUCUUUUCUGAUAAGGCAAAAUUCAGGGGAAUUAGUAGUGAAUGUAAAACAAUUAGUUCCUUUUUUUUUUUCUUUUCACGGCUGUCGAGCUGUGACAGAAGGUCUAGACAAUGGAACAUAACAGAAUAUCUAAUAAAUUUGAACAAAUAAGAGAAUCAA